AGGAACACACACACACAGUGAAUUCCCCUUGUAACGGUUGCGUAAUCCGAGAACAACCCCGUGAAAGCCAUCGUCGGCCAUUGAAAGUGUGCGCCGGAACGUUUUUCACCCUCCGAAGCCAUAUCAGUUCCAUGUUCUCUUGUACACGGUUUCCGCUCCGUGUUUGGUGCUUAACGCUCUCCAGCAGCUCACCAGCGCGCUCAGUGUGACGCCUUACUGUUACUACUAUCGUGUCCCGCCGACGUGAGUUAGUAGGCAAACGGUUCCGGAACGGUGUGGCAGCGUAGCAAAAAACAUAAACCCUUUGAACGGUUUAGUCGUUUGUCGAUGUUUGUGUGCAAUAGUGUGAUCGAUGAUGAUGGCAAUGGUGUGUUGCUUACUAGCCGGAUUAAGCUUUUGAAUGUGUUAAAAGUUCGUACCUUAUGUAUAAAGUGUGUGAUACUGUAUGUGUGUGUGCAUUGAAACGGUAACCCGUUACUAAAGUUCUCAUUGGCGAGUGCUUCAGUGUGUCGAUCGCGUACUGCCAUAUGAUCAAGGCGAAUAUGAUGAUGAUGGUGGAAAUGGUUGUGCUUUAAAUGCGUGCACGAGCAAAACACAAACACAAACAACACAGUACAGCGAUGAGGAAUUCAACUUGUAGUGCAAUGUCAGCUAAAAUGCAGUGAAUAAAACAGCCCAUAAAGGAUUCUACGAAAGGAAAAUAAAGGUGAAUGGUAAAACACUUAUUACAAUAGGAGUGAAGUGAUUUUUAUGUGGAAAUAUUAAAACUCAUAGCAUAGAUUUGUGCAAUAGUGAAUGUUCCUGUACAACAUGGUUACAAAACGAUACCCUACUUAAACGUUUCUCGUCGAUUUUUGUGUGAUUGCACAUUCAUCUGUGUAAACUGUUUCAUUAAUAAACAAAGUGUAUUUACUAUUAGAUCUACAAAAUGACGAAAAAAACGUCAACCAUUGGCCAUUUUUCGGCCAGCACUUCCGGCACGGUCGGACAGACGGGUGGAAUGAGCAACUUUGGCACGGGAACCAGUGGAAUGGAGAGCACCGACAAGCAGGCCCUAUCGUCGUCCGGGCAGCAGGCUCACCAGCAUCACGAGCAUCCGUCCGGCAUCGGCGGUAAAGGCUCCGAGCAGCAGCGCCCGCACCAGCAUCAGUCCCAGCAUCACUCCCAGCAUCAUCACCACCAUUCGCACCAUGUGCAGCAUUCGGUAGGGAAAAUGCGGGACAAACACACCGUGCACUGGUUUCGCAAAGGAUUGCGCCUGCACGAUAAUCCGGCCCUGCGCGAAGGGCUCCGUGGGGCGCGAACGUUUCGGUGUGUUUUUAUCAUCGAUCCCUGGUUCGCGGGCAGCUCCAACGUGGGCAUUAACAAGUGGAGAUUCCUUCUUCAAUGCUUGGACGAUUUGGAUCGAAACCUAAGAAAGCUUAAUUCGCGGCUGUUUGUGAUACGAGGUCAACCGGCGGACGCGUUGCCAAAGCUGUUCAAAGAAUGGGGCACAACCUGCUUGACGUUCGAGGAAGACCCCGAACCAUUCGGCCGCGUGCGGGACCACAACAUCUCGGAAAUGUGCAAAGAGCUUGGAAUCGAGGUCAUUUCCGCUGCAUCUCACACACUCUACAAUUUGGAAAGAAUCAUCGAAAAAAACGGAGGCCGCGCACCGCUAACGUACCACCAGUUUCAAGCCAUUAUCGCCUCAAUGGAUGCGCCACCGCAGCCGGAAGCAGCCAUCACGCUGGACGUGAUCGGGAACGCCAACACGCCCCAGUACGACGAUCACGACGACAAGUACGGUGUGCCGACGCUGGAGGAGCUCGGUUUCGAGACGGAAGCCCUUAGGCCUCCGGUUUGGAUUGGCGGCGAAACGGAAGCGCUCGCCCGUCUCGAACGGCACCUCGAACGGAAAGCGUGGGUCGCCUCGUUCGGCCGGCCCAAGAUGACGCCGCAGUCGCUGCUCGCUAGUCAAACGGGUCUGUCGCCCUACCUGCGCUUCGGGUGUCUCAGUACGCGCCUGUUCUACUAUCAGCUAACCGAUCUGUACAAAAAGAUCAAGAAAGCGUGCCCCCCAUUGUCGCUGCACGGGCAGCUGCUGUGGCGGGAGUUUUUCUACUGUGCUGCGACGAAAAAUCCCACCUUCGACAAGAUGGCCGGCAAUCCGAUCUGCGUGCAGAUUCCGUGGGACCGUAACGCGGAAGCGCUGGCCAAGUGGGCGAGCGGGCAGACCGGCUUCCCGUGGAUCGAUGCGAUCAUGACGCAGCUGCGGGAGGAGGGUUGGAUCCACCAUCUGGCGCGGCAUGCCGUUGCCUGCUUCCUGACCCGUGGCGACCUCUGGAUAUCGUGGGAGGAGGGCAUGAAAGUGUUCGAGGAGCUACUGCUCGAUGCGGACUGGUCGGUCAAUGCGGGCAUGUGGAUGUGGUUGUCGUGUUCAUCGUUUUUCCAGCAGUUCUUCCAUUGCUACUGCCCGGUCAAGUUUGGUCGCAAGGCGGACCCGAACGGUGAUUACAUCCGGCGAUAUUUGCCGGUAUUAAAGAACUUCCCUACCCGCUUCAUCCACGAGCCCUGGAAUGCUUCCGAGAGUGUGCAGCGGGCGGCCAAGUGUCUCAUUGGCAAGGACUAUCCGCUGCCGAUGGUCAACCAUGCGAUUGCUUCCCGCGCCAACAUGGAACGCAUUAAGCAGGUGUACCAACAUCUUGCCAAAUACCGCACACCGAGCGGCGGGUGCUACGAGGGCGACUGUACCGAAAAGGGCGGCUCCGCCAUCGCGGGGGUCAUGACGGCGGCCAAGGUGCAGCACAUGAACACGAGCAGCAUGAACGACAGCCCCAGCCCCACUACUAUCCUGACGAGUGUAAACAGCUCGGGAAACUACAUGUGCCGCAGUAAUCCGCCCGCACAAAGCGACCACAACGGGAAGGUAAUCACGUACCAUCAGCUGCUUAGCGGCCCGGACCCAAGAUCAGCGCUCGGUGGCAAUGGCAGUGGUGGGGAUCGAGGCAAUGCUGGUGCGCCUGACGACACCAAACACGGCGAUGGUACCGAUGGUAGCAAUCAUCUCAUGGCCGGGAAAGAGUCGAUCUCCCAGCACCAGCAAUCACAGCUGCAGCAUUCGCACCAAGCACAGAGCCUGGAUCAGCAGUCGCAGGAAAACAGCAACAGCGUGGCAAACAGUGAGCAACGGUACGGGACACUGCCCGUCGCCGAGUACGCGGCAAUCAAACCGGACAGUCUCAGUACGCUGAUACGGGCCGGCAAUCUGACAUCCGCUGGGACGCGCUUCUCCAACCUGCAGGAUCAGCUCAGCAACAGCCUGAUGUCGCUAGAGUGUGAUGCGCUGGCGACCAAGCUCAAGCCCAACAACUACGAGUACGAGCGGAACCAGAAUAUUUACAACAGCCAGUUCAAGGUGGAGUACAGUGACAACUUCAACUCGGGCUACGGUUUGCGCAAUGCCGUGUUCUACGGUGGCAAGCGGGAGGACGAGAACGAAGACACCAAAGCGGACAACAUGAACAACAACCACAGCGAUCAGCUCGCGGGCGACAACAGUGCCGACGAGCGGGCAGUGCCCAAUGACACGGACGACGAUGAUGAAUCCACCAUGACCACACUCCAGGCCACGGAUGCACACUCGGCGCCACAUGCACUGCUCUUUGCGGCCAACAAAUCCAAAAUCAAACAGGAAUCACUGGUGCAGCAGUCCUCGCGUAUGUUUCUCGAACCACCGACGCACCACGCCAGCCGGGGAGCCAAACCACACCGCUCCCGGUGCGAGGCGACAGAAGCACGCUCGCACCUCGCAGAUUCGCAGGUUAAAAAGGAACAGCAGAUCACCUCGCAAGCGCUGCCACCACACUCCAUGCACACCGAUUGUGAUUAUGAACCAGAAAGUCAUAAGCUGUUGGCCGAAAACUAUCGUCAGCAGCAUCAGCAGCAGCAGCAACAACAACAGCAACAGCAGCAGCAACACGAACAAGAACAACAACAGCAGCAGAAUUCAAUGUUAGCAACCCAACAAAGGCUGGAAGCGUCACAGAUGGAUCAAGGAACUGAUCAACCAAUGCAGGAGUCACCUUGCAACGAAGAAAAGAUUGGUGCGGGGGAUUAGUUUGCAUUAGAAUCGGUAACGUUUGGUGCAAAUCACACGUUUAUGAUAUGGCGUUUUAGGUUCCGUCGUUCAUUGGCGACCCUGCCUCGCAGCCUAUCUAACAUCAAUUCCAUGUAUUACGAAUGAAUUUCGCAAAUAUUUUCUUACAAAACAAAGCUAUUCUGCUUUUGAGAACACACUUGAAUAAAAUGUAAUAGUAUACAAUAGAA